AUGGAGAAAGAUGUCAAUUAUAUUGUCAAUAGAGCAGCAGAUUUUGUACAAGAAUGGAUGAUAGACAAUUCUAUUGUGUCAGAAAUGAGGUAUUUAAUAGAAACAUUAGUUCACAAGUGCACUGAAAAAUCUCCGGAUAGGAAAAUUAAUCUUGAAGCAGCAAUCAAAAGCAGUUUUGAUGGCGAGAGAGGCAUUCACCACUACUUUUUACACAUAUCUGGAGAGAUUCGAUCCAUUAGGAGAAAGAUCAGACGGAUUAGAGGGAUUAAUGGUACUACACUCAGUUUAAAAACCUUGCAGCUGGAGAGUAACCUUCCCCUCAAGGGACAUUCAUUAGCUGAUUCAAAUCUGAGGAAUAUUGUCGUUGGUUUUGAUGCUGAUUUGAUGAAAAUUAUGGAUAGACUAGCAAGACCCUCGCUGGGACGAGAAGUUCUAGCAAUUGUGGGGAUGGGUGGCAUUGGUAAAACUACUCUAGCUAGACAAAUGUUUGAUCACCCUGAUACUGCUUUUCAAUUUCAUUGUCGGGCAUGGAUUACAGUAUCUCAAGUAGGAAGUACCUGGUUGUUAUGGAUGAUGUAUGGAGUAAUGAGGCCUGGGAUUGUAUCCAAAUGUGUCUUCCAGACGACAAAAAUGAGCAAAGCUGGGAACCGUUGGAAAAACUUGUUUUUGGACUUGAAAGUUGGCCCUCUUGAAUUGGUGGACUUGGGAAAGCAAAUAGCAAGAAAAUGCCAUGGAUUACCCCUCGCAAUUGUUGUUAUAGCUGGCACUCUGUCUAGAACUGUGAUGACAUCUGACUGCUGGAAGGAUUUUGCAGCUAGCGUAAAUUCAGUUGUACUCACUAAUCCAGAACAAUGUUCAGAUAUACUUGCUCUAAGUUAUAACUACUUGCCCCUAUGCCUUAAAAUUUGCUUUCUAUACAUGGGGGCCUUUCCUGAAGAUUAUGAGAUUGAAGUUCAGAAGUUAAUUCGUUUAUGGAUUGCUGAGGGCUUCUUGAAAGCAAGUUCUUCAAAUAAUCCUGAAGAUGUAGCGGAGGACUACUUGGAAGAUCUUACUGAUAGGAGUUUAGUUUUGGUUGGGAAAAGGAAUGUAGUUGGCAAAAUCAAAACUUGUCGACUACACGACCUCUUGCGGGAAUUAUGUUUGAGGGAAGCUCAAAAGAGAACAUCAUGUUUUGUUCCAGACAUCUUUUUCUCUUAUUUGAAAUUCCAUUACCUCAGAGUAUUGGACAUGUUCUUCCUGCAGUUUGAUUCUUUCCCUGCUCAAAUAAUAAAGUUACAAAAGUUGAGGUACCUUGCACUGAAUGUUACUUAUAAGCUGCCCACAGAACUAGACAGACUCAGGCAUCUCCAAACCUUAGUCAUCAAUGGUCCAUGGCCAUUAAGGGAAGAUGGGGGUAUCCCCACCCUGACAGUGAGAUAUUGGAAUAUGCCAAAAUUGAGGCAUCUCCGUAUAACUAUGGUUGCUUUUCUAAGCUAUCUCACUGAUGCUGCAAGCAAUACUUACCGCCAGCCAUUGUCUUCGGGAUACCUAAAAACAUUAUCCACAGUACGGUUCCUCAGUUGCAGGAGGGAUGCGUUUGCUAUGAUGCCCAACCUCACAGAACUAGGAAUGUGUGAAACCGAAGAAGACUACUACAGGGAUAGAUCAUGCGAGUGUCUGAAGAAUCUGGCUUAUUUGCAUCAGCUUGAAACACUAACUGUUCCUUUUACAGAGAAAUCAGAGAAGCAAGGACUAUAA